UAAAAUGACUACCUCGUUAAGGAUGCGUUGGUGUGUGUACUGUUCCGGACUCCUCGUAGUGGAGAGGCUCCGUCAUACCCCAAAUUCGAUGAUAGUGAAUACUUUAGAAACUGUUUUUAAUUAAAGUAAAUAAAGGAAUGUCAAUAAAAAAAGGAUAUUUUUGUAAUUCUCACUCUUUUAACGGUCAAUUAAGAAUUAACGAUUGUGUUUUGGUUGAUAUAUAAAGUAUUUAAUGAUAGUAUAAAUCAACUAAAAAUUAUUCAAUUUUUUUGAGCAACAACCGAAGUUAAACCUCACAACGAGAAAUGAUAUGAAAUACAUAAAACUUAAUUCAACAAAGAAAUACAUAUACUUGCAAUCUAUAUUAAGGCACCGGUCGGUCACAAUUCUCACCUCGUUUUAAGUGAUAUAAUAUGAUCAUCUCCAAUAGAAAAAAAAUUUAUGAUGUUUAUUUUGAUCAUAAACAAUUUAUCAUUAACUCAUGCGUGGUUCAAAAUUAAACAUGAGAUCGUCAAAUAGAGAAAACAUUCUAUGAUCAAAAAUUUUCUCAAACCUCGUGAUUGUGGUGAGUUCAAACGUAAGAGCACUGUAGGAAUUGUGAACCCACCCAGAAGAGGCGAAAUGAAGUGUAUAUACUGCACAGCCCCGCCGUCAAACGGUAGCCGAUGCGCGACCACCAGUUCAGGCCGACACAUUACCGAAUGCACUUCCUGCGGCCGCGUGAUUGAAGAACGUCAAACUCAAACUCAUCAUUUGUUCCAUCUUCGAGCUCAAGAUUCUCCUCUUUUCCUCUCUACUUCCGACCUUCCCUUUUCCCCUCCUCAACCUCCUUCACCUGACCCUGAAGAUCCUUUCGAUCAUACCGGGUUUAUCACUGCCUUUUCAACUUGGUCUCUUCACCAUUCCCCUCUUUUUGCUGUUUCUUCUCUUUCUUUUGCCGGACACUUGGCUGAAUUGGAACGUGUUCUUGAGGGUACUUCUGUUAAUACUUCUUCUUCUUCUGGUGUGGUGGUUGAUAAUUUAAGGGCUUAUUUACAGAUUGUGGAUGUUGCUUCUAUAUUGGGUUUGGAUCAUGAUAUUUCUGAUCAUGCUUUUCAGUUGUUUAGGGAUUGUUCUUCUGCUACUUGUUUGAGGAAUCGUAGUGUUGAAGCUCUUGCUACUGCUUGUCUUGUUCAGGCUAUUCGUGAAGCUCAAGAACCUCGUACUCUUCAGGAGAUUUCAAUUGCUGCAAACCUUCCUCAGAAAGAGAUUGGAAAGUAUAUCAAGAUCCUUGGAGAAGCUUUACAACUUAGUCAACCAAUCAAUAGUAAUUCCAUAGCCGUACAUAUGCCUAGAUUUUGUAACCUUCUCCAGCUUAAUAAAUCUGCUCAGGAACUUGCAACUCACAUUGGAGAAGUUGUGAUGAACAAAUGCUUUUGCACACGUAGGAAUCCCAUAAGCAUAUCAGCUGCUGCUAUUUAUUUAGCCUGUCAAUUAGAAGAUAGACGGAAGACGCAGGCAGAGAUAUGUAAGGUAACAGGUCUCACUGAAGUCACUCUUAGGAAAGUGUACAAGGAGUUGCUAGAGAACUGGGAUGAUUUACUCCCAUCUAAUUAUACUCCUGUUGUCCCUCCUGAAAAAGCAUUUCCAACUACUACAAUAGCCUCAGGACGUUCGACAACCCCUAGAGGUGAAACUGCAGAUGCUGCGAUUUUGGAUCGAGAGAAACAUCCUGAGCUCAAGCCAAACAUGAAUCAGACCUUGGAGACAACCCAUCUGGAUAGAAUAAAGGGGGAGAUUGAUAGCACUUCCCCAACUACAAAUAAAGUGUCCUUUUCUUGGAAACCUGGGUUUCCUAGAAGUGGUGAGAUCAAUCAAGGAAUUAACUUUAAGUUCAAUUCGAGUAAACAAGAAGCAACAGAGCAUAAAAGCAUUGGUGGCUCGGUGAGGCCUAACCCUUUUGUUGCAGCUCAGGUUUUAGGUGCAACUUCUUCAGCACGAUCAUCCCUUUCAUCUAGCUCAUCUCCGAAUAUUCAUAAUUUAUCAGGACAUUACCAAAUGGCAGCAGGUUCAUCCGACCAUAAAGAAUCGAGCAAGCAUAAUCAAGGCAGAGGUUCUGAUGCUGCUGGGGGUAGCCGGUAGAUAAUUUCGUGCAGUGUUUUCUUGGCUACAACUAAUACUCCAACAAACGACUCCUUAAAAUGUUUCUUCAGAGUGUGUAAAUUUGCAAGUAGUGAUCAAAAGAGAAUUGUUGCAUCUUUUCCAUGUUAAACUGAAUUGUUCUUUUUGAGGAAGAAUGAAUAUGAUUUUUACUGUGGUUGAUGUAGCUGUAGAUCUUAUUGAGUCAAUGAGAUGAAAUAUUUUC